GAGUGGGGCGAACAUGGCUGAAGACAGCCGAGGCGACCCAGCGUGCGGUGGAAUGGAUGGCAGGCAGGACCCGGUCCCCAGCAGUGGUGGCUUCAACUUUCCAGAGUACGAGCUUCCUGAGCUAAACACGCACGCUUUCCAUGUGGCCGCCUUCGGGGAGCUGUGGCGUGGCCGGCUGCGCGGGGAAGGGGACCUGUCGCUGAAGGAGCCGCCGGCGGACCGAGAAGUCACCGACUCCGGCUGCGAGGAUGCCGCCGCGGCCCGCGAUCUGGGCUGCAGUCUGGAAACGGCGGCCGAGCUGAGGGCGGUGUGCGGCCUUGAUAAACUGAGGUGCCUUGAAGAAGGGGAGGAUCCAGAAGUCAUCCCAGAAAAUACUGACCUGGUGACUUUAGGGAUUAGAAAGAGGCUUCUGAAGCACCGGGAGGAAACCUUAAGGAUAGAUCGAGCCUGCAGACAAGAAACAUUUGCUUACGAGAUGGAGUCACAUGCUGUAGGGAAAAAGCCUGAAAAUUCAGCAGACAUGAUUGAAGAAGGAGAGCUUAUCCUAUCUGUAAAUAUCUUUUACCCUGUGAUUUUUCAUAAGCACAAAGAACACAAGCCCUACCAAACAAUGCUGGUAUUGGGCAGUCAAAAGCUCACGGAACUGAGGGAUUCCAUUUGCUGUGUCAGUGACCUCCAGAUUGGUGGGGAAUUCAGCAACACUCCUGACCAGGCUCCUGAGAACAUCAGCAAAGACCUAUACAAAUCAGCCUUCUUUUAUUUUGAAGGAACAUUUUAUAAUGAUAAAAGAUACCCUGAGUGCAGAGAUUUGAGCAGAACCAUCAUUGAGUGGUCAGAGUCACAUGAUAGAGGCUAUGGAAAGUUUCAGACUGCUAAGAUGGAAGACUUCACCUUCAAUGACUUGUAUAUUAAAGUGGGUUUUCCUUACUUAUACUGUCAUCAGGGAGACUGUGAACACGUUGUUGUCAUUACUGACAUAAGGCUUGUGCAUCAUGACGACUGCCUGGAUAAGACACUUUAUCCUCUUCUCAUCAAGAAGCAUUGGCUCUGGACCAGAAAAUGUUUUGUUUGUAAAAUGUUCACAGCUCGAUGGGUGACGAACAAUGACAGUUUUGCACCACAGGACCCGUGUUUCUUUUGUGAUGUUUGCUUCCGAAUGCUCCAUUAUGAUGCAGAAGGCAACAAACUGGGGGAAUUCCUCGCUUAUCCCUAUGUUGAUCCUGGAACCUUUAAUUAAUAUCCAGAAGUAUACCCUUGUGAAAUAACUUGGUUACUUUACUUCCAAGAAAUGCCAACGAGGGACAGGAUCCACCAGAAACAAUUGGCUAAAGUUGUCAUCCCCACAAAAAGUUCAAAUCACAGAUCUUCUUAAGCAGUCUGAAUGUAUUUAAAUGUUUGAAUUAAAUUAAUAUUUAUUCCAAAAUAUAGUUUCUUGCCCAUUUUUAAGUGAGUUGUCUAUUGAGUUGUAGGACAAAUCCUUUGUCAGACAUAAGUAUUCUGGUUUUCUCCCAGUCUGUACUUUGCCUAUUUGCUUUGUCCAGAAGGGUUUUUGCUCAUCUACCAUUAGCAAAAUUUUCCUAAAGAUACAUCAAGUGAUGGAAGUGUUUUGAAAAUUCUUUGAAGAAUAUGAGAGCUACACCUUGUACCAUGAGGCUUCCAAGGUUAUAUUUAUAUUCAGCUGAAUUCUACUUUCCCUGGAUGGCUGAGAACAUUUACCAUAUAAAUAAAAAACUGAUGAAGCCUGUAAGACAUGUGUUUGAAAAGUUAACAAUAAAAUGUUUUAUGGACUU